AUGUCGUUUAAUUCUCCUAGCCUCGGAAAUCCUCCUUUACCUUUUCGUCCUCAUCCGACCAAAAUUUCCUCUGACAACUCGUCGCGUGCCUCUAUCCGUCCGGUGCCGGCUUAUGAACUCGACCCUCUUCUCCGAACUCUUUCUCCUGAAGCCACCCUACAGGCUCUCUCCUCUACCGAUGCCGUGCCUAACAAUGAGAAAGCCGCUCAUGAUAUGCUCUCCCAAAGCAUUUCGCAAGUCUCCCCGGCAGACCGCGCGCUGGGGAUUCGCGCAGCGAUCGCGGCAAAGAAUCUAACCCUGUGGUAUAAGGAAGUCCAGUCGUGGGAAUGGCCGAAACGAGCCGAUGCUCAUCAGGGCAAAGCCUUUAUUCCUCCCUCCCCUUCGACUGUCGCAGAUUCAGGUGUUGAAUAUCUCGGAAGUCUCCCAUCUGCCGUCGUCGAACAGCAUGGAGCCCGCAUCGAGGAGAUUCGCGAUGCAAUGGAUAACCUGGGAGUGGAGGAGUUGAAGGAACAUGUUCUCAAUGCCCACAUUCCAUCGCGGUCUCGGCCUUCGUCAUCCGGUAGCACCAUGUCCAUCCCACCUCCCCUCAGUUAUGUACAGCUCAGCGACUUCACCGCCGUUAUCACCGCCACCAUCCUACGCGCCCUGCCCACCCUGUCGCGUCUCAACACCUUGCUUUCGACCUGGGAUGUCCGGUUGUUGGUCCUUCGUCAAAUUCCUGGUCUCCUUCUCAGCCUUGGCCUCACCAGGGAAGCAUUAGACGACGCGUUUCGCGCUCUCAAGUCGCGCGACCCCCCUAGCGAACAUGAUCCUCUCUAUUCCCGAUCGAAUUUCCAUGCAAAACAAGCGGAGCUGGGUGCGGCCGUGGCUGCAGCAGGUCGAAGAAUGGACAACGUUUUAGACGCCCUUGAAGGACGCGAAGAUUCGUUGCCAGAAAGCUGGAUUGAUGAUCUCGAGACUAUUGAGUCAGAAUUCAGCACGUGGGUUGUGGAAGCUGAGAAGCGCUCAGCCGAAAAUGAAUGGUCGCGCGCCAAUGCAGAACACCCCUGUCAACAAUCCGACGAUGCACCCCGUGUUUCAGAACCGGUCGUCAACACAUCCGAUUCGACGAGGCGCAACGCACGUUCCUUCCCCAUGGAAACAAUCACUGAAGAAGAAACCACCUCCGCGGCGCCGUCUGUCAACGAAGCCCUAGAUAAGCCGGAGUCUGUCCAGUCGCAAGCGGAUCCUACGCCUAUUCCAGAGAUUACAGAGCAACGUGCGACCCCGAUUGAGCGUGACGCGACGCCUGUUCCUGAACCUGUUCGCGAAGAACCUACUUCUCCAUUCCCCGAUUUACAAAAGGAAACAACUCCGUCGCCCGAAACUGCGCAACCGGAACGACCGCGAACUGCGAUUGAUUCACCACAGCUUUCUCCGAAAUCAUCCCCCGUCCGUGACGCACAAUUCCAUAAAUCUAUCCCUCCAUUCUCCCUCGAAGCCCCUCUACCUCGCGAACCGGAGCAGGUUUCAGACACACGAGCGAACGUCAGUGGUACAACACAAAAGUCUACACCAGACAAUCAGACUCUUACUGGAGAGCCUAUUUCGGACCAGGCCGAGCCUUCCAAUGAUUCGCCCAGCAAGACUGUUCCCGAGUCGCGUCCUGUCGCUAUCGAAGAUAAACCCGCGGCUCCGUCAAGUGCCGUGGCCGCUGAUGAUGCUCCAGUUCCCGCCUCCGCCCAGGAACAGCCCCCUACUGCCGUCAAACCCUCGCUGGAACCCUCACCGUGCUCGUUGCCCGAAAUGGCAAAGGAAGCCACACUUCAGCCAAACGCAUCCGAAGAAGACGGUCCUUCACCUCCUAAACAGCAUCUGGAAAGCCCGAUCAAACUUGGCCGGCAAGCAGGUGACAAGAACGGCAAGACUCGUCAGCGUGUCACAUCGGACGCUUCCAUGGGUUCUCUCUCCUCUUUUCCGUCUCUCAUGUCAAGCCCAGAUUUCCAGGAACCGCAUGCUGAGUCGUCGAACGCAACCCCUCUGUUUCUCGAUACUCCGCCGCACUUCCAGGACGUCUUCGGCCAGCCUGGCGUUGCACCUUCCAAUAAUGAUCAUACCUUGCGGGAAGACAGCCUACGUCGCUUCGAUCAGAAAGUUUCUCCACGACCGCAGCAUAACCGCGCAGUUAGUCUGCCGCUGCAGCGUUUCAUCAACGAACGAUUGGACAUGAACUACGAGAACGGAGCUGGCAUGGAGGACAGCCCUAGCAUGGGUAGAAGGCCAUCCCGAUCACUGAAUGCGCAGCCUUCUGCCCGCUUCGCUACCGCUCGUCUUAGCAAGGAGCUCAAUAACCAUGGAAGCCGUGAGAGUCUCGCAAGCCGUGGACGACCAGGGUCGAAACCCCAGUCAAGAGCGCACACCCCGGCAGAUCUUGCUCCUCGCAAGUCCAAUUCUGGAUCGUCUACUCCAUUGUCGAAGAAGAAGGACUAUCUCGACGAGAAGAUCAGCACCAUCUUGGAUACCCUUCCCGGUCGCAUUCAACUGCUGUCUGAAGCACAGGAUGAUGAUGACAUAUUUUCUGUGACUUCUGCGGCGCCUGUGCCACCGAGGGGGAGAUACCGGUCGUCGUCUUCAGCAUCGCUCUACGGCGCACCUGCUCCAUCUUUAACACUCACUCCUGCGCAUACCCGUCGGAGACAAUCUUUUGCACGCGGCCCAGAGGAAAGCUCCGUGAAGCUUUACCAUCUGCAUAAGAAUGGAAAGUCGAAGCCAACCAAACUCUUUGUUCGCUCUGUGGGAGAGAGUGGCGAGCGGGUGAUGGUACGAGUGGGAGGUGGAUGGGCAGAUCUCGGUGAAUACCUGAGAGAAUAUGCUAUCCAUCAUGGACGACGACAUGUUUCUGAAACUCCUCGCGUCGAAGUUCAGGGACUCAAGUCUCAUGAAUCCACCCCUGGAAACAACAUGCUCACGCCAGCUCCGAGCAACGGCCGGAGAACGCCUUCGCGCCCUCGAUCCGUCAUUAGCAACCGACCUUCCUCAUCGCUCGCUGUCCGCAAAACCCGGCGGGCGUCCAACGUGUCUGAUGCGACGGAUUUCCGAACUCCCAGCUUCGGUGAGCCCACGAACCCAUCACACUCACCAAUGUCUACUCGACGACACUCCGUGUCUUCGAACAAUUCCGUUGGCACGAUCUCCUUUGCAAGUGAGGCCCAUUACGGCUCAUCAGCCCACUCACCCGCAACCACCAUCGCCGCUGGCAGCUCCCGCUCAACCCCACUGGGUCUUGCCGGACCCAAGCCACGAUCUCGUCAGAAGUCAAUGAGCCCUGAGAGCGAAGCAUGGGUCGAAGAUGUUCUAGGUCAAGCACGGCGGAGCUCUUUAAGGCCGAAGGGCAUGCCCCCUGCAGACAGGGAGACGACACCCGAUGUGCCGCCAGUCCCGGCUUUGCCAAAGGUUCGCAGUGUCAGUGAUAUGGGAUCUGCUGGUAAUAGCAGACGAGUCAUGCUCCGGGGACUUGACAGUCGUCGGAAUUCCAGGCAGGGAUAGCCUGCAUUCCUAUUCGUUUUUGAAUCUUUCUGUUUGAGUUUUUUGUUUGGUUUUUGUUAUUUGCAACUGGGUUGGCGUUUUUCAUUAUGGGUGUUUGUGUCAGGUUCACAGCCGAUAAAAGUAUUUGAUAUGGCAUGAGCGAGCACGGCGGACUGGUUUUCUUUUCUUUCUCUUCUGAUCAACAGCAUUAUUUUCAGCGAGCAUUGCAGCAUUGCGUUGCAUCAGCACCAGCCAUUUUCAUUCUUCUAUUCUUCGGAGCUUUAUUUUACAUUUUUGCAUUGGGUUCUCGUACCCUUGGAUGGCAUUUUGGUUUUGUUCUUUUUUACUGUUGUGUUUGAUUUUAGUUAGGUAGACAGAUAGAUACCCUCGAUUUGGCUUCGAUUGUGAUUGCAAUAUAUGG